GGACUAACAUCUGAUUGAGUCUCUGACGGAGAGACAUGUGCGGUUUAGCGAAUACAAGAGUUUCAACGACGCGUGAUUCAUAUCCGGUUACUUCAGAAACUCAGCGACGAGGGCUACUAUUCAGUGGAUACUACGACCGUGAACGUUUGCAAAGAGUUUACAGUUUCUCAUAAAAGGCACAAGAAUGUCGGACGGCCACCUCCCCCCCAUGGCGUCUUGGAAGCCAUUUGGAGAUCAAAUGCCAGGUCCGGUUCGCCAACACCCAUUCGAGAAGCCCACACUUACGACCAUGGAACCCCAAACCUACAACUACUUUGUCUACGUUGGCCUGAUGGUGCUCGGCCUAGCCGUCCUGGGCUUUCUCACAUCCAUCAUCUGCACCGUGUACCAGUCGCGGCAGGCCAAGCGGCGACCCCAUCAACCCCUGCGGCCGCGCUGCGAGCGCGAGGACGCCAAGAACGAGCACGAGUGGGUUGAGCGGCGAGAACAUCCGUGGCUCGACUCUAUUCGCGCCCAGGAGCGGCCUUUCGAAGACGAUCUGGAGCCGACGCCGAGGGAUGUUACGCCGAAAGAACCGUCACCCGAGGAACCCGCGCCGCCGCAAACUGUUUUCGAGAGUAUACAAUCUCGCUGGAGGAAUGGUUUCUGGGGGGGGUCCGAAGGCAGGAGAGGUGUCGUAGUUGAUGCUGACGAGGCAUGCUCGGUGGGAAGGGAACUGAAUCGGGGUUUGUGAGACGGGGAACUGGAUCGAGGCUGGUGGCAAGACGAUAUCGAAGAGGUCAAGGGAUCGGAGCUAUGGUUGAGCGGUAUCGCACUUGUUAAUGGAGUUAUUAGGUAUCUCAUGCUGGAUCGGUUGACUAGAAGCUAUCAGGUAGAACAACAACUCAUCACUGUACACAACCAAGCUCAACCCACGAGCAUCGACAGAACCACAGCUCAAGACCAGAGCCACAAAAACCAAAUCCAAGACAAUAAUCCCCCACAGAAAAGGCCUUCCUUCUUAUAACCCAUGCCGUUGUCCAGCCCCUCC